AUGGAUGCCAGAGACAAACAAGUUCUUCGCUCCCUGCGCCUGGAGUUAUGUGCGGACCUGCUGGUAGAAGGCCUUGUCAUUCAGUAUCUCUACCAAGAAGGGAUUCUAACAGAGAACCACAUACAAGAAAUAAGAUCCCAAGUCACCAACCACAGAAAAACCAUGAUGCUUCUUGACAUCCUGCCUACAAGAGGGCCCAAGGCAUUUGAGACCUUUCUAGAGUCCUUGCAGGAGUUUCCAUGGGUGAGAGACAAACUUGAAGCAAAGCGUAAUGAACUUAUGCUAUCUUGGCCUGCAGAGAAUGAGAUACCUGGAAUUUCACAACGUGCUCUGAAGAAUCUACCGACCGAUCAGCAGUUGAACAAACUUGCUAGAAGACUUGGACCUGAAUGGGAACACAUUGUAUUGUAUUUGGGCUUGUCACACAAUGACAUUUACUAUUGUAAAGCCAAUCAUCCAUACAAUGUCCAGUCACAGAUUGUGAGUGCGUUUAUUUCCUGGAGACAACGUUUUGGGAACAGAGCUACUACUGAAAGUCUGUGUGCUAGUUUGAAGGUGGGAGAAGUUGAUUCUUCUGUGAUCCAAGAGAUUUUCAAUGACCUUCGAUCCAGUCAAUGUUCCACAGUCCCGUUUCCAACAUGA